GCUGGUGGUUGGUGCGCCCGCACUGCGCUACGCGUCCAGCACGCGACCCCACCGCCAGCGCCACCUUCGAUGCGAUCGGCCGUCGGAAGGGGAGAGUCGUCGCGCCGCGCGGACGUGCCUCCACUUCCCCACCAUCGCUCGCUGCCAGCAGCCGCCGAUCGAGCCGUCCGCACUCCUGAUCCGACGACCAGCCGGCAUCCCACGACCCCUUCCCGGCCCCGCUGUUUCGUCUUCCUUCAAACCCACGCAACCACGGAUGCGGGAUGCCAGUCCACCGCAGCAAAGGUGGCUGGCGACUGGGAAACUGGCACGCCACCAACCCAGCUAGCAGCGCAGCACGAUCGCCGCCCACCCCCGGCCCUCUCCCACCCACCCAACCAGCCCCUCGCCGGUGCGGCAUGACGGCGACGUCCAGGGCCCCGCGGCGCCCCCGCAUCCGCGCCCGCGGCCCGCCGCCGGCGCCGACCCCGAUCCGCACGGCGCGCGGCGCGCGCUCCGCCGCCGCCGACGAGCUCGUCCUCGCCGAGUUCCUCGAGGCCUCCCUCCGCGUGCCCGACCUCGCGCUGCCCCCGCCGCGGAAGCGCUUCAGCUUCCCGCCCGCGCCCGCGCCCCCGCCGCCGACGCCGCGCGAGGUCUCCUCGCAGGCCCUCGCUUCGGGCGACGCGUGCGACGCGGCGCUGCGGGCGGCUAUUAGCGCCGCGGCGGAGUCCGGCGCGUUCGCCGUGGCCGGAGCGAUCGACGCCCGCGAGGUGCGGGGGGCCGUGGAGGCGGCGAGGGCGGUGUUCGCGGCGCCGGAUGAGGCGAAGCGCGAGCAGCUGGCCAGGUGGUUCCGGAGGAGGGAUCCGGUGGCCGGCGGGGAGGAGUUCUGCUGGUUCCGGCCGGUGAGCCCCAACGAGGAUCGCGCGCUGGGCGCCGCCUUGCCCGGCUCCACGUACCGGAUGUUCAGGGAGAAGAUGGACACUGUCGCGUCAAAAAUGGAGAACGUUGCGAAAAAUUCUAUCAGGGUUCUAUCUGAUAGUGUCAAGGCUCCUAAAGACUCUGCUCUGUCCAGAGAAUCCCCGUCAAUCCUGUGCCUGACACUGCACAACGCUAACAAGUCGAAAACAAGUUGGAACGAGUUUGGCAGCACUGAUCCUCCUAACUCGCACGCUUUGAGCAUCCAACUCUCUGGGGGCGAUCGACAGAUUUGCCUCCGGAACCAGGGCGGCUCGACCGUUUUCAGUCUGCCUGCAGGCUCCAUGCUCGUCACAAUCGGCAAGCAGGUUCAGGUAUCAUGCUAUCGCUAUAUCCAUUACUCCUCCCUGUCCAUUCUGAAAACUGCCAAGAUGAUCAAAUCAACGCACAAAAGAUGCCUUAACCUUCAUUUGUAUUCUGUGAAAUAUGGAAUGGUCCAAUGGGCAGUUCAAGACCGCUGUUGGCGAGCUACUGUUUGAGAUGACCGAUGAACCAGGCCCCUUCGUCUCCCUGGAACUCGUGUACUCUCCAGACGACCUGCGUCUUCCUGAGGUUGGCCGGCAGGCCAGGUGCAUUGACCGCCCGACGAUCGUCUCCUGCAGGGACCAGAUACUGGCUGCUCUGAUCCUGCUGUCUUUGUUCUACCUCUUCUGGCGCUGAGUGCAUCCGGCCGGCGUCCCUUUGGCAAUGCCCGAGAUAAGCUAAUUUUUACGCAACAGCUUUCUUGGUCCUAACUGCCUGCCCUUCUCCACUGGUUGAUUGUGGAGAUUGUGGGAACACCGCAUGGGUUGCGGUGAUCACAGGUGGUUUGAGUGUUUUGAUUGAUUCUUAUUCCUUUUUUUCUUGAGGAACAAAAUACACACAAUAAAAAUUUUAAAAACUGUUUUUAGCUCUUCCCAUUUGAAGGGAAUGUUAGGGGAUUGGUUGUUUUUUGGAUUGAGGAUGUUGCCGUUGCGAUUGAGGUAGUACAUGCUGCUAUGGAGGUGGUCAAUUUGGAGCAGUUGUACUGAAUUAUGGAUGCAGUAGUAGUAUAUGGGUUUGCUCUUGUGGGCUGCGGCCUGGAUCUGGGGAGGUGUUGCCUUGCAAAUUUGCAAUGUAAAUUGUAAAGCCAGUAGCUGUGUUGGGUCUUGGGUGUACCUGAAACUGAAAGAAAGCUUGUACUAAUUAUUUUUUUAGUGAAUAAAGAAGGACGUAUUUACACUGCA